AUGAGUAACUGGUUAGCACAUCCACUUGAGGAGCUGGCCAACUUGGGCGAGUCGCUCAAGAAUUGGACCAACUCUGCUCAACAACCCAGUACCACAACGGACUGGGGUUGGAAGCCUAGAAUGGACGUCUGCGAGAACAAUAAGACCUAUCAGAUCAUCCUUGAGUUGCCAGGCUUCCAGAAGGACGAUUUGGACGUCCAGGUCAACGGACGUUUCCUGUCCAUCAAGGGCAACCGUCCAGAGACACCUGUGCACCGUGAGUCACAGACCAAAUUCCAUCGUCGCGAGAGAUACUCUGGUGGCGAAUUCCAUCGUGCUGUUGCACUUCCAGAAGGUAUUGAUGGUUCAUCAAUCCAAGCAAAGUUCCAUGGUGGUGUCUUGACCCUUACCAUUCCAAAGAAGGGAGGCAAGACCACCCAACACUAUUCACUGCUCGGCCGCGAGGAGCAUGUCAGCCGACGCACAGUCAUUGAGGCUGAGGAGCGUGAGAGAAAGAGAAGAAUGGAGGAGAACGACCCAAUGCUGUCCAAGUCCAAGGCAUUGUUUGGCCGUAUGGGUACCGUCAUUGAGGAGGAGCAGGAGAGGGCCAGACGUCUCAAUGAGAUUGAGGAGGAGAUGGAGGCCGCAUCAGAUGAGAGCCGCAAGCUCUCCACUAAGGCCGAGCGUCAAGAGCGUGAGCGUCGUAUCAAGGACACCAAGGGUGAGCAGCAGCGCAAGCAGCUUGCCAAGAAGGUGUCGGCCCUCGUCAAGAAGGCUGGCAUCAAGCCAUCCGGUCUCAACAAGUGUGUGUCACGCAAGCUCACCCAGGACCUCGAGGAGAAGGAGCGCAAGGAUCGUACUGGUGACAAGAAGAAGCAGAUGCAGGCCAUGAACACCGCCAAGCGUGUCUCUGUCAUGGUCUUGGCAUCCAAGGGUGUCAAGGGUCUCAAGAAGACCAAGCUCCCAGAGACCAAGGGCACAUCUGGCUCCGUCCCUGUCAAGAGUCAGAACAAGAACAGUUUCAAGAUCAAGAUUGGCAAUGGCGGCGUCGAGCGUGCCAACAACCCAUCGUUCAAGGCCACUGCCAACCUCGAGGAGAACGAGAGAAAGAGAAGAAUGAGCGACAAGAAGGGACAGAUGGACGCCAAGAACCUCGCCAAGAAGGUGUCUGGUCUUGUGCUCAAGAGUGGACGCAAGCCAACAGCGGCCAUCAAGAGUGCUGCCGAGGAGAAGGAGAGAGACAGAAGACUUAAGGACAAGAAGGGACAGAUGGACGCCAAGAAGAAUGCCAAGAAGGUUUCAGAGAUGAUCAAGAAGGGUGGCGUGCCACAGUCUCCAGUGCACCAGGCCAAGCAGCCAUCCAAGUUCAGCCAGCUCAAGGUCCACCCACACAAGAUGUCCAUCAAGCCUACCAAGGCAAGCCCAACCGCUGCUCUUGAGGACAAGGAGAGAGACAGACGUGUCAAGGACAAGGCUGGUCAGCUAGCUGCCAAGAAGAACGCCAAGAAGGUCUCGGACAUGAUCAAGAAGGGUGGUGUGCCACAAUCUCCAGUGCACCAGACUAAGCAACCAUCCAAGUUCAGCCAACUCAAGGUCCACCCACGCAUGAUGUCAAUCAAGCCAAUCAAGGCCAGCCCAACUGCCGCCCUCGAGGACAAGGAGAGAGAAAGACGUGUGAAGGACAAGGUUGGACAGCUCCAGGCCAAGAAGAAUGCCAAGAAGGUCUCGGACAUGAUCAAGAAGGGUGGUGUCAAGCUUAACCCUGUGCCAAGAACCAAGCAACCAUCCAAGUUCAGUCAGAUGAAGGUCCACCCACACAAGUCCUCGUCCUCUGCCAAGCCAAUCAGCAAGGUCAGCCCAACCGCUGCUCUUGAGGAUAAGGAGAGAGACAGACGUGUCAAGGACAAGGCUGGUCAGAUGGAUGCCAAGAAGAAUGCCAAGAAGGUCUCGGACAUGAUCAAGAAGGGUGGUGUCAAGCUUCACCCAGUGCCAGCAGCCAAGCAGCCAUCCAAGUUCAGCCAGAUGAAGGUCCACCCACACAAGUCCUCCUCUUCCGCCAAGCCAAUCAAGUCCACCAAGGCCAGUCCAAUUGCCGCCCUUGAGGACAAGGAGAGAGACAGACGUGUGAAGGACAAGGCCGGACAGCUCCAGGCCAAGAAGAACGCCAAGAAGGUCUCGGACUUGAUCGUCAAGAGUGGUGUCCAGCCCGCCAAGGUCCAUCAGCCCAAGUCGCACUCACACAAGAACCACAGCCACGGCCAUGGACACAGGAACCAUCACGGUCAUGGCAACAACAAGCAGCACUUGGCUCAGCUUGAGGAGACCGAGAGGAACAGGAGAUUGAAGGACAAGAAGGGUCAGAUGGAUGCCAAGAAGAACGCCAAGUUGGUCAGUGGUCUCAUCCUUAAGUCUGGAAUCAAGCAGACACCAGCCUUCACCCCAGCCAAGAGGUUCGAGAGACUGCUCAAGAAGCCAAGCCAGGCCACCCUGCUCGCUGAUAAUGAGAAGAACAGAAGAAUCAGAGACAAGCGCGGUCAGACUGAGGCCAAGAAGAACGCUGGUAUGGUCUCGGACAUCCUCAUCAUGAGUGGCAUCAAGCCAAUCGCCGCUCUGCAGACCAAGCCCAUGCAGUCCACCUUCAAGCCCAACUUUAAGGCCAGCCAGGCUGUUGCUCAGGAGGAGAAGGAGAGAGACAGACGUAUGAAGGACAAGAGAGGUCAGAUGGAGGCCAAGAAGAAUGCCAAGAAGGUGUCCGACUUGGUCAUGAAGAGUGGAAAGAAGCCAGCAUCUGGUGGCUCACUGGGUCAUGCCAAAAAGUCCGCCAUCCCACUCAGACGCAACCCAUGUGCCGCUCUGGAGGAGAAGGAGAGAGAUAGACGUGUGAAGGACAAGAGAGGACAGAUGGAGGCCAAGAAGCUUGCCAAGAAGGUGUCGGACAUGGUGUGCAAGGCCGGCAAGAGACCAGUUGGCAACCAGCAUCAGUCGCAUCUCAGACUCACUGGCACCGUCGAGGAACAAGAGAGACAGAGAAGAAUCAAGGACAAGGCCGGACAAGCCGAAGCCAAGAAGAAUGCCCUCAAGGUGUCUGGUUUGCUCAAGGCCAACUUCAAGACCAUCCACCUCAACCCACAUCCAUUGAAGCGCUCAUCAUCCCAGAAGUUCUACAAGGUGCCUGCUCUCCAGGAGAUCCAAGCUGAGGAGAAGGAGAGAAAGAGAAGAGUCACCGACACCAGAGGCCAGUCCAACGCCAAGAAGAUCGCCAAGCAGAUAUCCGCCUUCAUCAAAGCUUCUGGCGGACGUGAUAACCUCCUGAGGUCCCUCGAGGAGAAGGAAAGAGACAGAAGACUGCACGACACCAAGGGUGAGGCCAUGCACAAGAAGAACGCCAAGAAGAUUGCCCAGAUCAUUGGCAGUGCCACCCAUUAA